ACGCACUCGCGCGGAUCCGUUAUUCCUGGGCCUGCAGCAGAACUGCCUGAAGCAGGUGCGCCUCGCCCUCGAGGCAGACUCGGAUGCGGCCAAGUUGCCGUUCUGGGAGCCUCGCUUCGAGCUGCCGCUCUGCGCCGCGAUCCGCCUGGGGUGCGGCGAGGAGAUCGUCAGGCUGCUGACCGAGAACGGCGCCAGGGCCGACGAGACGAACGUCGCGGGGCAGUCCCCGCUCCAGCUCCUCAGCUCGGCGCCGCAGAAGGAGAGCAUCGGCGCUGGAUGCGGCCACGGGGGCUCUGAGCUGGCCUGGGCCCCAGAAGACCCGAUCAAGAGGGGGGAACCGUUGCCCGGCCACCUCGGACACCCGGACGGCUCCAACGCCACCGUCCUUGCCACCGACUGGCUGGGAAUUCCUGACGCCGCCGAGUGGGCUCCCUCGGCGCAAGAGUCCGCCGCGGAGCUCGAGCUGGGCCUGGCCGCCGCGCUGCUGGCCGCGGGCGCGGACCCGCGGGCGUGCCACGGCGACCCCAGCAGAGGGCACCGCUCGAGCCUGGAGCUCGCCCAGCGCGCCGGGAAGGAUCGCAUGGUCGGCCUGUCCAGACCCAUUGCAGCUGCUGAGGACCAGGCACUGUGA